UCACUUUCGUUCUUUUCAUUAACGAUGUGGCUGUUUCAACAGUUUCUGUGUGCGUGCCUGUUAAGUUUUACUUUCGCGGCUCGUGAUGUUCAAAAGAUGCGUUGGUGCGGCUCAGGCUUAAAUCCUCUAAAUAUGGCAAAGGCAACGAGGGCGGCAACGGAAAUGUUCCUGGCAUGCAAAAAUCACAUCAUCAGGUUUAACAUAAAACCAGCAAUAAUACAUAAAGUUGACAAGCUGUGCGCAUCCUGGCGAGUGUGCUACGUCGUUGCCGAAGAAAGGACUAAUAAAUCGGCGACUUUUGAGGGCGCAGUGGUCGACUGCAUGCAAACAAUGGCCCGUACAUGGGUCACAAUCGACCCGACGUGUGCCGGGCGCUUCGUUCCGAAGGACGUGAACCAAAUACUUGAAGCAGUAAAGUGGAUGAAGGACUUUAUCUCUGGCUGAAUAAUCCAUCGAAGAAAAGUACCUCAUCAGUACUUACCCAACGAAGAAAGCGCAAUGCCUCUAGCGUUGUUUCCUAACAAGAUGGAAAUCAAAUAAAAAAACAGAAGGAC